AUGUUAUCAUAUUUUUACAGGUGUAGGUGCGGCGGCGAUGUGGUCGCCGGCGGCGUCCUGAUUUCUCACCGAUGGGCAAGACCUCCGGCGGGCGGGCCGAACCAGGCGUGCGCACACAGCGCUACAGUAACAGGAGCUGCCCCUUCUGAUGACACGCGAGUAAGACCUCCGGCGGGCGGGCCGAACCAGGCGUGCGCACACAGCGCUACAGCAACAGGAGGUGAGACACGCAAACUAUACGCAACUGCCCCUUCUGACGACACGCGAGUAAGACCUCCGGCGGGCGGGCCGAACCAGGCGUGCGCACACAGCGCUACAGCAACAGGAGGUGAGACACGCAAACUAUACGCAACUGCCCCUUCUGACGACACGCGAGUAAGACCUCCGGCGGGCGGGCCGAACCAGGCGUGCGCACACAGCGCUACAGCAACAGGAGGUGAGACACGCAAACUAUACGCAACUGCCCCUUCUGACGACACGCGAGUAAGACCUCCGGCGGGCGGGCCGAACCAGGCGUGCGCACACAGCGCUACAGUAACAGGAGGUGAGACACGCAAACUAUACGCAACUGCCCCUUCUGACGACACGCGAGUAAGACCUCCGGCGGGCGGGCCGAACCAGGCGUGCGCACACAGCGCUACAGCAACAGGAGGUGAGACACGCAAACUAUACGCAACUGCCCCUUCUGACGACACGCGAGUAAGACCUCCGGCGGGCGGGCCGAACCAGGCGUGCGCACACAGCGCUACAGCAACAGGAGGUGAGACACGCAAACUAUACGCAACUGCCCCUUAUGACGACACGCGAGUAAGACCUCCGGCGGGCGGGCCGAACCAGGCGUGCGCACACAGCGCUACAGCAACAGGAGGUGAGACACGCAAACUAUACGCAACUGCCCCUUCUGACGACACGCGAGUAAGACCUCCGGCGGGCGGGCCGAACCAGGCGUGCGCACACAGCGCUACAGCAACAGGAGGUGAGACACGCAAACUAUACGCAACUGCCCCUUCUGACGACACGCGAGUAAGACCUCCGGCGGGCGGGCCGAACCAGGCGUGCGCACACAGCGCUACAGCAACAGGAGGUGAGACACGCAAACUAUACGCAACUGCCCCUUCUGACGACACGCGAGUAAGACCUCCGGCGGGCGGGCCGAACAAGGCGUGCGCACACAGCGCUACAGCAACAGGAGGUAAGACACGUGAACUAUACGCAGCUGCCCCUUCUGAUGACACGCGAGUAAGACCUUCGGCGGGCGGGCCGAACAAGGCGUGCGCACACAGCGCUACAGCAACAGGAGGUGAGACACGCAAACUAUACGCAACUGCCCCUUCUGACGACACGCGAGUAAGACCUCCGGCGGGCGGGCCGAACAAGGCGUGCGCACACAGCGCUACAGCAACAGGAGGUGAGACACGUGAACUAUACGCAGCUGCUCCUUCUAACGACACGCGAGUCAGACCUCCGGCGGGCAGCUAA